GUGACAGAGGCAACACACAAGUAACUGCAAGCAAGCAAACGAAUGCCUCCAUUUGACGACCCUAAGGAAACUUCAGAACUAGAUUCUGCUAUUUUAAUGUCAUAGUGUGGAUGUGGAUGUACUGGUUUGUGUUUUUUUUUUAUCGGUUACUCCCUCAAGGUUUUCUAAUUUUAGUCUCUCUCAUUGACACAUAGGAUUUUGAUUUGGCGAUAGCAGUCAAAUGACAAACGUGUACAAACAACGGUCAAAAGGUUUUUCGACGCAAGUUUGUUUAAAAAUACAAAUUAAGUCCCUUGUAUAUCUAGCUGUUUACAUCGUUAGAUCAGAAAGUUCUAUUGCUUUCUGAAAACGAAACUAACCACCGCCUAAGUAUAUUCUCUGGUUUCCGGACUGAUCGUUGGUCAAACAAAUGACGUGCUGUUCUGACAGGUUGCUUUUGAGUGCAAUGUCCACAAAGUUUUGGGAUGUGUUGAUUCUUUCAGGGAUUUAGAAGUCUUCUGUUCACUUCCGUGUAACUAGGGCAGUGAUUUAUCCACAGUGCACGAUGAACUCUGGUGUUUAUUAAAGAGAAGCCUGGCCGUCAUGUUUUUCUCUGGGGACCCGAGCAACUCCUUAAGUCUUCCAAAGUUUGUCUAGAAACACACACGAGUGUUGGACCCACUGGCAGAACUGAGUUGCUAAUUUUUUGGCAGAUUAAUAGCUUAGUUAUGGUGAUCAGAAAGGAACGAGUGAAACUGAAUGCUAUCUGGCAAGCGGUCGAGUGUUUCCAUUGUUACAGUGCAUAGUAUCUAUGGGACUCGGUUGAGACCAGGCUUUUAUAGUCUCUCCACUGAUAAGCCGAAUGACAGGUUAGAUAUAGACAAUUAGGCAACAAUGAUUCUGGAAUAUUGUACGUCUGUCCAAUAAGCUCCACCCUCGGCUCCGCCUACAAUCUCACAAAAAAUUUGUUUAUUUGAAGAGUGAGUGACGUUCUUAGAAUGCAGACGAGAAGAAAAAAGUACAGCGUUAUAAAUAGGCCGGGUGGUGCCCUUACUCCAUAUGGGCCCCAUCCUGCGGAGGAAUCGCCGUUUGGGAACCUUCCAGUUCCUGUCAUCAGUGGUCGCAGAUCUGUCGUAGCCAGUGGACCUAGUACAGCUAGAGACGGGCCUUCUAUAGCAGACGGAGCUAACAGUGGCGCUGUUUCUUUGUUGGUGCCACAGCAACCUGGGACAUCCACGAUGCAGUUGGAGCCCAGACUACAGAAAAAUUCAGUGUUUUCUAUGUACCAAGACCCGCAGAUUGCUGGGGACAAAAUUGAAAUGAGACUCAUGGUACUUGAUGAGAGCGAGAGAAGCCAACUCAUGCAUAAGUUAGUCAGUCUCUUCCAGCAGAAGGUUCAUCUAUGUUUUGAUGACUAUAAACCAGAUCUGACCUUGACCUACUUGAAAAUAAUCACCUCACUUUCUGCAUUAAAGCCGAAAUUGAAAGCUCGACACUUGUCUAGUGAAACCAAACCAUUGGUGGAUCCUUUCGCUGAGCUGGACGUGGAAGAGGCACUGCAGAGAGAGCUUCCCAGAUUUACAAUAUCUCGUCUGCGUGGAACAGUUCAGCAGCUACUGCGUCAUGCAUCGUUACGCCAAGAUGGAAGCCUUUAUUUUGCAGGAAGCUCGGAAGCUAGCAUGGCUAGCAAAAGUGUGGAGUAUUUCUCUUGGUUUUUCGAAUUCAUGGAUUAUCUGAAUGAAUUGUUCGUGAACUUUGAGGAGAAGAUUUUCACGCCACUUUGCAAAUACUUUUUAGACAGCGAGUGGCAUGGUGGAAACAAAAGAUCCAAUACAAUGUCUUCGGCGUUCUCGAAAUUGAGUCAGUUCUCCGGAAGUGACAACCAAGGCGUGGUUGAAGGAGAGCACGAGAAUGACGAAGAGGAUGACAGCCUCGCACAAAUGAGGCGUCAGAGGGCUCAGGCAAAGGCAGCACUGCUGCAGCUAAGUAAAGAAUACAGAGAGAUUAAAUCUCUCUAUGAUACCUCGGAAAUAGAUAAAGUGGCACAUAGGCUGCACUGUGUUAAAGAUCAGCUGGACCUUCUGCUGCAGGAAGAGGAUGAAGUCGACCCUGAUCUGUACAGCGAGGAAAGUAAGAGAAUGGUGGAGCAUCUUGAAAUGGAUUUCACAACAGAAAACUUGAUGAGACUUGUGCCAGACAUUCUGGUCAAGCUCCGUAAAGCGGCCUGGCUCGCCAGAAAGUGGUUGGAGCUCGAUGAUAGAAGGACCAAAGACGUCACAGCAAAAAUGGCUAAGCUGGCAGACAUUGAAGACAGAUUAAUGAAGAGGUUAGAUAUGCUGAAAAGCGACAUUUCCAUGGGUGAAAGAAAGCUGGAGAAGGAGACGAAUGAACUGAAUCAAUUAAUGGAAAAAGAGAACCGCUCUGAAAUGCUCAAGUUUAAGACGUACAACUUGGACGCUCACAUUGAGAAGCUCCAAAAGAAAAUUCAGAAUUUAAACAAAGAACGAGAGCAGUUUGCAUCUCAGUUGUCUGAGAUCGUCAAGACAAAAAACCUGCAAGAGUUUCACAAACUGAAAUACAGAUUUGAAGCCAACAAACUUAAACGUUUUGUGACGGAAAGGAAACUCGCGACGGCAAGUUAUCAAAAACAGAUUUUGUCUGACGACAUUAACCUUGAGCUUUACGUUCGACCCAGCGUGAUUCACCGCAGCAACAGACUUCAAGAUGACUGCGAAAAGUUGGAGAAACAACUUCGCGAACAAAGGGAAGAGCUUGUCAGCAUCAAGCACGCCCUGAUUCCGGUCCAGGAGGACAAAGCGAUGAUCAUGAACAAACUAAACAGGCAGCGCCUAGCUCACCCAGCAUGGGACAACGCUUCUCAGAACAGGUCAGGGACCACGGCCUUGCAGCCUGGACACGCUUUGUACAUAAGAAGUCUUCCAAAUGGGAGGGUCAGUCCCGGCUAUCACCAAACUUUACUUCGCAGACUUUCAGUUGGAGAUAAUCGCCUAGUUAGCCCUCCAGCAUGGUGAUCAUUACAUCAAGCUGAACCUUAGUGGUGUUUUAUAUGUAUCUAAACCAAAAGAAAACAGUAUAUAUUUGUUCUUUCUAAGUUUAUUGGUCACAUGACGAUAUCAUCAAAUCACGAUUAUAUCCGAUCAAAUCUUUUAAGAACGCUAAACUAGUAACUGAUGUGUACAUUGGACAUAUGACCAACGAUAUCAUAACUAUUAAAUAACAUAGACUUCUUUAAAUCUAAAUUUAAUACAUUUCAUGUAUUAGUUGAAUAACUUUAUGAAAAGGAGCAGUCUCUAUUCCUCACUUCAAACGCUAUCUCAUUUGUGGAUAACAAACAAUUUUUUUUUGGAAAUAUCUAAUGCAAAAGGGAUAUGUAGCUCAAUAUAGCAGUGUACCCAUGAUUCUCUGCCCUAGUACUAUGUGAUAUGGGUAACAAAUGUAUACAAAUAAUAUUGCUUUGUAAAACGUAUAUUAUAUAAUGGAUUUUAAAAAAUGUUUCUACUGUGAUAUAAUUUAUGACAAUAUUUGUAAAAUUCUAUGAAUGUUUUAUUUUCUAAACACUAUAUUGAACAAUUGUUUCUUAGUUCACUGUAACACAAGAUAUCUUCUAGAAUUACAUGGACAUGUUUGA